AGCAUGCUCGAGAUGAGAUUGGCAACCAUCUUGAACCCACGCGUCGCUCCAGUCCCAGGCUGGUACGUUCAAUUCCGCUCAUUAUAUCCAGUCGAACGUCACUGUAAUGAGCACGAUCAAUGGCUACAUCGCCCUAUCCCAGAGCCCGACAGAGGAACAAACUUUCUCAGAUGAUAUCGAUCUCACAUCUUCUCCACCAAGACGACGACGUUGGAUUUUUGGUCCUCAGUCUAGAUGGUUUGAGAGUUUGCAUUUACGAUGGCGAGGGAUGAUAUCACGCGUAAUCGCCUUCGUCGAAACGAACCUGGGGAUGCUGUUGAUCAUAGUGGCGCAAUUCUUCUUCGUAUGCAUGAACCUUGGCGUCAAGCAGCUGAACAGUCUUGAUGUGCCCAUGCACACCCUUGAGCUCAUCGCAGUUCGUAUGGGCAUCACCUUGGCAUGUUGUGUAUUAUACAUGGUUGCAAUGAAGAUUCCAGAUCCUAUCCUUGGUCCCAAAGGCGUUAGGCUGUUGCUGGUGAACAGAGGCUUGUGCGGUUUCUUCGGUCUGUUCGGGAUGUACUAUUCCCUGCAGUACCUUUCAUUAGCAGAUGCGACGGUGUUGAGUUUUCUUGCGCCACUCUCAGCAGCGAUAGGUGGAUACAUCAUCUUAAAGGAGCCCUAUUCGAAGCGUGAAGCAUUUGCAGCCAUCGUGAGCUUGCUUGGUGUCAUUCUAAUUGCUCGACCGCCUUUUUUGUUCGGUAAUACUAACAGCGUAAACUCAGACAGUGGUGCGGCUUCUAGUCUAGUUACCGCGAUAGAUAGGAUACGAGCUGUCUGCGUCGCUGUUUUUGGAAUUGUCUUAGGAACUGGUGCCUUAUUGUCAAUGCGUGCGAUAGGCAAACGCGCUCAUCCGAUGCAUCUCAUGAUGUUUUUCUCUACAUGGUGCACAAUCGUCGCCUCUGCUGCAAUGUACUUCAUGAAGAUCCCAAUUGUUUACCCUCACAACUGGAAAUGGGCUGCUAUGCUCAUUUUCAUUGGACUUUCGGGUUUUUUCGCGCAGACUUUGACUACGAUCGGCUAUCAACAUGAGACUGCAGCACGCGGCUCGAUGGGUCAAUAUGUACAGCUCUUAUUUGCUGGAGUCCUGGAAUACGUGAUCUUCGGCACAGUUCCUUCGGCGCUAUCGCUUAUCGGAGCUGCUAUCAUCAUGACAUCAGCUAUAUACGUUAUUAUUUCAAAGAAGGGUUCACCGAAGGAGCCUGAGGCGAUUGGCCUCAGAGAGCCGGACUCUGCCCUUGAGGAAGGUCUGUUGUAUACUGAAUCUCCAAACACGAUGAUUGAACUUGCUGAGACGGGCUCGAACAAGAGGAUAGGACAUGAAGAAGACUUGGAGGAAAAGCCGCCAUCUACGUGAAGUUUAUGUUUUUAAGACCUCCUAUGAUUACAACCACAUAUGCCCUUGUUGGCGCCUGAAGAUGAUGUAUUUAAAUGACCUUGAAUACUAC